AUUCGGUCCGGUCACGACACUCGGCGCCCCGUCAGCUCGGCGGCUGUGUCCGUCGGCCGCAGCAGCGGCUGAGCUCCGACAGUUGUGACUGCCAGAGACAGACGCCCUCUAGAAAGGAUUCACUGCUCUGCGGUGCCAUUGUAUUGUGUCAUCAAUCUAGAAUCCUGCUGCUGCUGGGAACUGCGGUGAAGUGCAGUGAUUAUAGCGCUUCUUAGUCUGAACUGCAACUAUAAAUGCGCUUGUAUCAGACGUUCGUGCACCUGUGGCUUUGUGCGGCCGGUGUUGAUUAAGUGCACUGUGCACGGGAUCGGCCUCUGUAUGCACGUCGCGGCGGCCGGGAACGGCCCCAGCUGGCCGCCGGGAACGGCUCCAGCCGGCCGCGGAGGGCUGGUGCUGACAGCAGAGAACCAACACGUCGUUAGCGCGUGGCCACAGCGCAUCUGUUCGGAGCUGAGCGCCGAGUGAGUGUGACGGCCGACACGGCACGGCGACAGGCUGCGCUGCAGGAGUGUUUGUUGUCUCCCCUGCCACGCCCCCUGGCGGCCCGCCCCUUCCGCUGCGCCGCGGCUCUGCGAGGUCCGCCGGUGUCGCCGGACCAGCUGUGAGCGCUGAGCCGUGCCCUGCUCAGAGUCGGCGUCCGCCGCCCGGCACUGCUCGGUGGAUAAACAGUCCCCGGCAGACAGUGACCGCAGUGCGCCUGUUGCCGGGACUGGAGCGGCAGGACGGCAGGACAGCCGGUCGGCCGGCAGCCCUGCUCAAGGCUGACCGGGCCCGUGUCAUAAAUCAGCACGCGGGCCGUCGGCGGGGCGCGGCGACGUGCCACUAUAUGAGGCGGGCUCGGGCGGUGCAGAGCGCGGCACAUGGGCGGCUCGGUGGGCGGCUAGUGCCGAGCGGACUGGCGGCGGCGGCGGUGGCGGUCUCGCCCGGGCGGUGGGCGGUGCGGGAGUGAGGGCGGACAGUCAGGGACGUCAUAGUGAACCGGUGGAGGUCCGUGAGAACUUGGUCUCGCUUACGGCGUGCGACUCAGCGGCCAUUUACACAUGGGAACUGAUCACAGAUGUCAUUGGACAUGGUGACAUUGAAGAAGCUGAGGUCAUCGAAGUGAGCAGGACAGGAUGCGAGCUCAGCCCAGCUCGACGAUUGAGAUUAUCAGAGGACUACCAACUCGAGCAGGGAUGCUCUGAAGUCCCAGGAGGUCUACGUGGGUCGGCGAAGGUCGGUGAAAAUCAACAAGGUCUUCAGAGGCCAGCUCGGGUCACCUUAGGUCGGAGCCGACCAGACCAUGCGGGAGAGGCGGCGGACCGGGGCCUCCUCGGCCAGCUACACGGGCUUCAAGGCCGUGGAGGGCUUCCAGUACCCCAGCAUCUGGAAAAAGGCCGCCCAAAGCGUCACCACUCUGAUCCUGAUUCUGGCCGUGGCCGUGGUCACCUGCGGUGCUCAGCGACUGUGGCGCCACGGCGCGGACUGCAGUGAAACCUGCUCCGAGCAAACCAUUGUAGAUAUCGCCACCACCUGCGCCGGAGGAGUCGACUUGCUGCUGCACCUGCUGCUGCUGCUGAGUCUCCAGAACGGGUGGCCGGCCGGCAGCAUCACCGUGGUCGUCUGGGAUGCGUUCAAGGGCGCUGCAGCGGUGUACCUGCUGGUCAGCACCACCUACCGGCUGCACACGGAAGCUGAGAGUGUGCUGUUUGAACACUACGUCGGUAUCGUGGCGCUAGUGUUGGCCCAGGGAGUGGUGCUCUACACACUGGCUUCGGCAGCGCACGAGCAGAGGUCGUCCAACAGAAUAGAGGGAGACUAACUGCAGCGAUUGCGAUGCUGGUUCCACGAUGAAUGUGUGAACCUUCAUUCAUCUAUUACUGAGUUAUUUGAUCGCUUACCAAAAUAAUCUGUCAGUCGUCAGCUUUCGUUUUUUUCUUUUGAUAAAUAUUUUCGGUGCCUGACUCGGACUUUGGUCGUUAUUAGCACACACUCAUAUUGGGUUAGUAUACUAUGUAACGAUAUACACGGCAGAGGUACGAAGCACUAUCGGCACCCGUCAGGCGGAACAGAUUUGACACUUGACAGCUCGCUUUCUUUAAUAGCUAAUGAGUUUAUAAUGUAGGUAUAUGUUGCAUAUUGUUAUGCUGAUUCGAAGGAUGUGCCAACUGCCAUAUAGCCGUGUUUAUGCAAGGCUUGCACGGUUCGAUAAAUGUGUGAUAUGUGAUGAAGUGGAUAAAUAGAUGUGAGCCUCCUGCCAAUGUUGGCAA